AAAAAAGUAUUAAGCAAUGAUGAACUAUUAUACGAUCCAGAUAUGGAUGAUAAUGAUGAAUCUUGGGUGAUAAAGCAGAUCAACAGUAAGGGUUUAAUAGCUCGGCAAUACAUUCUAAUAUUUUCUCGCUUUAGGCAUGAAAAGUUUGCAAAUCAAUUCAGAGCCAUGUUUGUACAUAAUUGUCAUGCAAUUAAAAAUGAACGAUAUAAAUAUGAAGACGAAUAUUAUUAUAAAGUUGUCUGUGAUAACUGCGGUAUACAAGUGGCGAUGAUGGAAGAAGACGAAAUAUAUCAUUUUUUUAAUGUUGUGCCCACAUAA